AUGGCCAAUUCAGGCCUGCAGUUGUUGGGCUUUGCCAUGGCUCUGCUGGGCUGGGUGGGCCUGGUGGCUUGCACCGCCAUCCCGCAGUGGCAGAUGAGCUCGUACGCGGGAGACAACAUCAUCACGGCCCAGGCCAUGUACAAGGGACUGUGGAUGGACUGCAUCACGCAAAGCACCGGCAUGAUGAGCUGCAAAAUGUACGACUCGGUGCUCGCCCUGCCAGCGGCCCUGCAGGCCACUCGAGCUCUGAUGGUGGUGUCUCUCGUGCUGAGUUUCCUGGCCAUGUUCGUGGCCUCGAUGGGCAUGAAGUGCACGAGCUGUGGAGGAGACGACAAAGUGAAGAAGGCCCGCAUAGCCAUGACCGGAGGCAUCAUUUUCAUUGUGGCAGGUCUGGCUGCCUUGGUAGCUUGCUCCUGGUAUGGCCAUCAGAUCGUCACAGACUUUUAUAACCCCUUGGUUCCUGUGAAUCUCAAGUAUGAGUUUGGUCCUGCCAUCUUUAUUGGCUGGGCAGGGUCUGCUUUGGUCCUCCUGGGGGGCGCGCUGCUUUCUUGUUCCUGUCCUGGCCCUGAGAGCAAAACUGGGUACCGGCCACCCCGCUCCUACCCUAAACCCAACUCUGCCAAAGAGUAUGUGUGA